UGUAUUUUUUUAUUCUUCGGCAAUUUUAUAAACAAAAGGACGAAAUUCUUAUUUAAUUUCAUAUAUUUUUAUUGGGAAUAUUUAUUAUUUUGAAAGAAAUUAUCGCUUUAAAAAUUGUUUGACAAAAUGAGUGAAAUAACGCAUGAAAAUAUGCAAUCAUUCUGUCGGACGUGCCUUGAUGAACUGGGAGACAAGUCAUCGCUAUUGGGUGAAAAAUAUAGCAUUUAUGAGAAUGAAGAUAUCGAAAAACUUUUACUUUUGUGCAAUUCAACGCCAGCAGAAGACUUUGACGAUCUCCCGCAGUUUAUAUGUUAUAAAUGCCAUAAAAAAUUACAGUCCUUUAAUGAUUUCCGUGAUAAAAUUAUUCAGUCACAUCUCUUUUUAAACAAUAUUCUAAAAGAGCAUAAAGAUUCGACUACAACUUUCGAAGAUGAAAGGUUGCUGGAUAGUGGUCAAGGUAGUGAAGACCAACAAGAUAAUAGUGUGGGAAUAUCUGAUAUUGAAGUUUUUCAUGGAUAUACAUACUCAACAAGAAGUCGUGAAAAGCUUCAAAAUUGUAUAGAAAAUACGGUAGUAAAAAUACUUCAAGACCCUGGCGGUACACACAGUGCUAUGAAUAAAGAUCUUAAAGAGGAAAUAUUUGAUGAAGUUGUUGAAGAAAUAGAGAUAGAUAUAAGUGGUAUCAAAGGAGACCAAAAGGCUAUAUCAGACGAUGAAGAUACAUUGGAUGAUUUCAAAUUUUCGAGAGCAACAAACGUGGAACAAAAUGAUGAAAGAUUUCAAUAUGUAGAUACCUCUAUUCAAACUACAGAUGCGCAACACAAUGAAUUCGAAGACAAUUGUGGCAAACCAGGUAGUGGAAAUGGUGAAUAUUUCCUAAGUUUAUCAACAACAACAGGGGACACCAACAAAACCAAAAUUAUAAAGCGUAAAAUGUUUCCUCAUAAUAAAACGAAGAAACCUGCAAAAAGCGGAGAUAGUUCCUUAAGAAUGCCACUUGUUAAAAAAAGUAGAAACAAUUUUUCUGAAGUGAAAUUUCAAUGUGAGCAAUGUCCUCGACGUUGUGUAACCUGGGAAAAUUAUGAAGCCCAUUUACGUACCCAUCAAGGACUAAAGCCAUAUGUGUGCAAUGAAUGCAAUCGCAGCUUUAAUAGAGCAGCUCAUUUCCGUGCCCAUGUACGUGAGGAUCACGGACCUGUGACACUGCAAUAUAUCUGCUCGUUUGAGGGUUGCGGUAAAAUAUUCAAGCGCGAAAAUACUUAUAAAAACCACUAUCGUCUUAAACAUACAGCAAUUCCUUAUGAAAGUCGUGAACCUAAAAGAUAUGUCUGUGAGGAUUGUGGAAGAACAUUUAGAAAUGUAACCACACUCAAAGAGCAUCGCUAUAAACACGCACCUGAAGAAGAUUACCCUUUUAAAUGUGAGGAAUGUGGUAAAAGAUAUCGUUCUAAACGAACUUAUAAGGAUCAUCAAUUGCGACAUUCCGGCAUUAAGAAUUAUAUUUGUACUUAUUGCGGCAUGAAAAAAACUACACAAAAUGAACUACGCGCACACAUUAAUUACCACACAAAAGAGAAACAAUGGCCCUGUCCAAAAUGCCCAAGUGUCUUCAACAGUUCUGGGAAUCUUGGCAUGCAUGAUCGUAUUGUACAUAAAGGAAUACGACCCUUUACAUGUAAAUUCUGUGAUCUCAGUUUUGGCAAACAAGAUACUUUGAAACACCACGAAAUGAGGCACACUGGUGAAAAACCUCAUGGUUGCGAAUUAUGUGGCAAACGUUUUAUACAGAUUGUAGCUCUUCGAGCGCACAUAAAAACCCAUAAAAAAGGAUUGACACUGAAAGCUAUAAUUCCUACGGUCACAGAACAACAUUUUGAAACAAUAGUGGAGCCAGCAAAAGAAGUAGAGACGGAUUUAGAAUUACCAAGCUGCUCGAAAGAUAAAAUCGAUUAUAGUUUUGAUAUUGACAAAUUCAGUGAAAUAAUGAAUAAUCAACUUACACGCAAUAAUUUGCAAGAAUUUUGUCGAACUUGCUUAAGCAGUUUGCAAAAACGUCGCAGACGUGAGAAGGAGGAUACGCCUACUAGUUUUCAACAGCUGAAGGUUAAGGUUAAUCAAGGAGAUAACGAAAAUGAUUCUGAAACAAAUCAUAGUUAUAAUCUUAGUUUGCUACCGCAAUUGCAAAAAUUAUUCAUGUUAUUUACUUCCUUGGAAAUAUCGGAGGAUAGCGAUGAAGAUGUUUACCCACGAAGUCUCUGUCAACUAUGCUAUGAAAAAAUGAUUGAUUUCCAAGAGUUUCGAAACUUGGCCAUUAAUUCUGCGGAAGUAUUAUACAAAAUUGUUAAUAGUUUGGAUGAUGAAAUGUCCAAAAAUUCUGCUGAAACACCAACGUUUCAAACAAUUGAAAUUACUAAAGAGAUAAAAACGGAGACUGUAGUAAGGGAAAGAAGCUACCAAUUCAAUGAUGAUGAUGAUGAUGAUGAUGAUCAGUUGCUUUUACCAGAACUUGCCCCAUUGAUGGAACGACCAAUUAAAACAGAACCGGAAAAAUAUUAUAAGUCAGAGUGUGAAACUAUAUUACCAAAUGAUGAUAAUUCGGAAAAUUCAUCGAAUGUUGUUGUAAAGCAUGAAAUUGAUUCGGAAUACGAGGAAGAUAAUUCCCUAUUCUAUGAACGUAAUGCAUUAAGCGCAGCAGAUAACUCAGUUAGCGAUGAUGCAGAUGAUGAGGAACAUGCUUUGAGAAAUGGUGCGGCCAAUACGUCCAGUAUGUCUCUUAAUAACUCACCAAUAACUGUAGGAGGAAGACAAAGGUUUAGUGCAUCCUCCCGUAAACGCGAUCGCAACAAAAAGUCUUUAAAGUGCCCUCGUUGUGAUAAACAAGUCUAUAAAAAAGUAUACCUGGACGCUCACAUUCGGGCUGUGCAUGAAGGAUUUGAGAAGCCGUUUCUUUGUUUGGAAUGUCAAAAGGACUUCACACGCUACGAACAUCUACAUACGCAUAUUCAAUCUAAGCAUUUAAUUAAACAACGAUUUAUAUGUGGUUUAAAUGGCUGCGAUGCCGUUUUUAAAUUGAGCAAUACCUUGGAGACUCAUCGACAAGUCGUACAUACAGCUACGUUUUCAUACGGUCUAAAGGAUAUGUUAGAACUUCACCAAGCCCAAUUGAAUGAAGAAGUAGAGAUAAAUCAUAUCUGUCAGCACUGUUACAAGACGUACAGCUCAAAACGUGCCCUCUCCGAACAUUUGAAACGACAUGCCCAAAUCAAGGAUCACGUUUGUAAAGUGUGUGGCGUUGCCAAAGUAACGCGCACAGAGUUAUUAACGCAUAUGCGUAUACAUAAACCGAAUCUGGAGAAAUUCAAAUGCAGCAUUUGUCCGCAGGAAUUCAACCAUAAAAAUGCUAUAUCUCGCCAUGUGCGUGUCGUGCACGAGGGCCAACGACGCUUUCCAUGCAGUUUUUGUCCCAAACGUUUUGGUACACGUAAUUCGCAGGUAUGCCAUGAACGUCUACACACUGGCGAACGUCCGUUCAAUUGUGAACUCUGUCAUAAGCGGUACGCCCAAGUGGAAGGCCUCAAAUCUCAUAUGAAAAGUCAUGAUAAGAACUUGCGCACACAUGUCUGCUCAUUUUGUUCGCAACGUUUUAUAACAAGAAAAAAUCUAAUCGAUCACGAAAAGCGUCACCAAAGUGAUAAACCCCAUAUAUGUAACACUUGUAGUCGUGGCUUCUUUUCAAUUGAAGAUCUGGGUGUGCAUAAGCAGUCGCAUACGGAAGAAGAAUUGCGUGAGAUGGCAUGUAAUGAAUAUGAGUUGUAUCAAGACGCUGGCGAUAGUCUUGGAGAACACAUAAUGGAAACCGAAUCAAUUAACGAACAAGGCAACCAGGCAUAUAUGGGCUAUAGCAGUUCGCAGAGUAGCAAUUGAAUUGCAGACAAAUCGUUUAUACUAACUUAUUUCUCAUGAACGGAAUAAUAUGGCAAUUAUUUUGCAAGCACUCUUAAAUAUUUAUGGAUGUGUAAUUUUUACCAUCACUUGCAUAAACUUGCUUAGAAAAUGUACGUAUUCACAAACAUGAAUUGGGUACAUUAAUUUAAAUACAAAUAUAUUUAUUAAAUUAUAAAA